CAACCAAUCAGAUUACAGUAUUAAUUUAGCGUCACCUGACGAUCCGAGUGAAGAGCUAACGUUGCCGUUAACUGUCGUGGCCAUGGCUCUCUGCGACGACAUACUACUAUGUAACUUCCCAAAGUGCCGGACUAAGCUGAGCGGCUUCGCCUGGGUCACAGCUUGCUCACAUGUUUUCUGUGAUCAACAUGGGUCCGGUGAGUUCAGCCGCUCCCCCGCCAUCUGCCCGGCCUGCUCUUCUGCGUUGUCUGGGAAGCUGGACAUUGUGAGGACGGAGCUGUCGCCUUCUGAGGAGUACAAAGCCAUGGUGCUGGCAGGCCUGCGACCAGACGUUGUUCUUGACAUCAGUGCCCGUGCUCUGGCCUUCUGGAGCUAUCAGGUCCAUCAGGAGCAUAUGUAUCAAGAGUACAGUCUGUCACGUGCUGAGGCACAGCUGAAGCAGAUGGACAAGGUGCUGACCCAGCAGAACCAGAGCAGAGAACUGGAGCUCAACGGCAUAAGGGGGGAAAUCACCUCCAUGAAGAAAGUGAUGGAGGACUAUAAAAGGAAGUACAGCGAGGUGUCCGAGAGGCUGAUGGAGAGAAACAGGCAGUACCAGAAACUACAGGGGCUGUACGACUCACUGAGGCUGCGCAACAUGGUGGUGGGUGUUGGAGACAGAGACGUGCUGCCACAACCAGUACAUCACGAUUUUAACACCGGGGUGGCUCGGCAGGGAACUCCCCAGAGAAGCCCCCAGUUCCUCUCCGUGGGCCACGAGGGGGACAGCAGAUUCUUCUCCUGCCUGGAGGCUGAAGGAGCCAAGACUUUCUUCCAGUUCAGCUCCCCUGCCAAGGAGAGAGGCCGGCCCUUCAUGAAGAAGCACUGAGACAGUAACAGGUUUCAUAAUCUGACUGUAGCACAUUAACUUAAAUAUAUUUAUUUAUGUAUGUUAACAAAGCGUUCUAAUGUUUUAGUGUUAAUUUAGUUAGCAGGGUUUGCUUUGAGUACAUUUUUGAAGUAUUUAUUGUAAUUUAUUUUAAUUUUAAACUAGGCAUGAAAACCAGCUUUUAGUCCUGGUCUCUACCUAA